AUGGAUGCAUGUUCAUCAUCGCAGCCGAGGAGUAUCCGCCACCGCACCCAUCCGGAACACCUCCUGAAGCCCUUCUACAUCCCCAACGAAUUCCUCUGCGACGGCUGCGAUCAGCUGGGGUCCGGGCCCACUUACAGCUGCGAGGCAUGCAAUUUCGACCUCCACGAAAUCUGCGCCACGUGUCCGUCCACCAUCCAAUCGGGCUUCCACCCCAAGCACCCACUAACCCUAGUCAACAAGCUGGGGGCCAACCGGGUUUGCGACCUCUGCGGGGACUUCGUGUGCGGGCUCUUCUACACGUGCCGCACGUGCGCCUUCGACGUGCACCCGCUGUGCACCCAGCUGCCCAUCCAGGUGAAGCUCCCCAUGCACCGCCACAGGUUGACACUCAAGCCCGGACGAAUCGCCCCUUGUGAUCUCUGCGAUGAGGUUUGUACUUCCUGGAGGUACACCUGCCGUACUUGCGAUGUCGAUAUCCACCUCGAGUGCGCUCUUCAAGACGACGACGACGACGACGAUGAGGAAAUCGUAAUCCCCGAGUCGCUGCCGAUGAUGAUGAUGGGGUACAGUUAUCAGCCGCCGCCGAUGAUGAUGGUGAACAUCCGCCAGCCGCCGCCGAUGAUGAUGGGGUACAAUCAGCAGCCGCGGAUGAUUACGCCGGCGGCGGCUGAGCGGCAGAAAAGUAGUAGUAGCGGAAGCAAAAAGAAAAAGAUAUAUUCUAUUUUGGGUAGGCUUGCCAUCUCAGCACUGACAACUUCUGUUACUGGAAUUCCCAUGAGCUUCUGA